AGUUGUUUGUGUCUCUUUUCGUCUUAUGAAUGGACAUUGUUAGAAACUCUGUUCUGCUGCCCGAUGAGCUGUUUUUGGCCUUCAGUCGGUGUUUGGGAUACCAAAAGGAUCUGAAUGCAGCGGCCACAAAUCGAAAUCCCUGCCAAAACAACUUCCGCAGAAGCUUUCCCAUUAGCGACGACGAUAGCUACGAUCCCUGCCCCACAGUCAGUCGGUUUCCGAUGAGACGUCAUCCGUUUGAACCGUCGCAAGAUCCCCUCUAUCGAUCCACCUUCAAUGGCAGCAGACAGAAUGACUUGAUGUCUCAGAAAGUGCGUUCCAUCGAUCAGACUUUGCCACAGCAUAUAAUCCCACUGGACUCCUUAUUUCACUUUCAAUCCAUAGUCAACCAAUCACAGCACUCCCGACAUAAUGCCCAAAGAUCCCACAGCCUCCCCAGACACGAUGCAUCUCACAAACACAACUGCGAGCUGUAUGCUCCGGGUGGAGGUUCCUACCCCAUCAACCAAAGCGACAAAUAUGACAGCAAUCGCAGUUCAAGAAAUACCACCUCUUACGAUUGGAAUGAUUCAUCCCAAGUUGGCAUGAACUACGGCGAGUUUCAAAGACGCCAACUGCUUUUGGAACAAAUUCAGCGGCAGCAAUAUCAGCAGCAACAAUCGCGAAAGCAAAAUCAGUCCAAUAUAUCAUGGUUGGAAAAUGACGAACCCAUUGUAUUUGAACCAGAUCUUAAUAGCACGAGAAUAAACCACGACAAUUCUCAUCGGCAAUCGGUUAAAAAUGGCCCACAACAAGGACCUCGUCAUCAAGCGAAGCCUGCUUGUCAGAUGUGCAACACAAGCUGCCAACUACAAAGCACGGCACCAUCAAUGUACGAAUGCCAAACCCCUGAAAUGCCGCGCAGACAAACACAGUGUCAGUCACCACAAUUGCAAGGACGCCAAACGCAGUACGAGACGGAAAUUAACAACACGAGCUACCUUCAGCCACCAGAAACUCUUAGAAAUGCGAGAUGUAGACGGCAAACGAACCGGAGUCUUAAUCAAAAUCAGUGUCAAAACGAUGUCUCUAUGAAUCGGAUGCCCUUUUGCCAGGAAACCAUGGAUCACAAUCAAACCUCUCGAUCCGUCCCCUCUAAAAAUCUGCCUGGCUGUUGUGAUCAAGGAUCUAACGCCUGUGAAAAAAGUAUGGAAGAUGAGCAAAGCUUUUCCUGUUGCGGAAAUAAGUCUGCGUCAAGAAAUGAAAACUAUUUUGACAUGUCCCAAGCGAUGAUAGGAAGGUCGUGCUUGAAUAAAACUUCGUUGGAUAAAACCCACCAAAACUCAUCUUUGGGGGGACGAUCUAAGCGAGUGCCCAUUCAAACACCUGAGGACCGCUUGUCUGAACGCAUUCAAAAUGAGUUUCACGAGACCCUGGUAAAGGAUCGCUUUUGUCCUGGCAUCAUACAAGCAAGUCUCGACGGACGUGAGAAUUUCAACGAGUACGCCCGAGAGAUCGCUUUUGCAGGACCUGUUCCGGAAAAACCGUUUCCUGUGGAUCCCAUCACCAUGGUAGAAGCCAUUAAGUUGCGCAUCGACUACGAACGUAAAGAGAUUCGAAAAGAAACAGAUAAAACAGCGGACCGAGAUAGGGAAUCGAAAAAUCAGUCGAAAGAUGGAAAGUCAAGGCGUAACCGACCAAUAAUAAAUGAGGACAUUGACAAUCAUUUUGAGGGAAUGAAUAAGUCGGAAGUCAACGAGGGCGUGGCCGCCUUUCUGAAGGCCGAGACCGAGUAUCGAAAUACCAAUAUGGAUACAGAUUCAGCCUUUCAUGCUCAUAUCAAUAGCAUUGAGAGUAAUCUGUUUGAUGAAAAAAUCAAAAUCAAUUCCUACACGGCUUCUACAACGCCAGUUUAUCGGUAAUUUCAUAUGGAUUUUCAAUUUAACAAAUUUAUAGAGCUAAC